UGGGGUUGUGUACAUUCCGAACGACUGUAAGGAAAAAUCUUACUACCUCACGACUCAUUGAGCGCCUCAAGCAGGUGUUCAUGUGUGAGUUUUCCAAGCAGAAUCGUUUGAUGUUCAAAGGAGGAGUGCAACUCCUUCUUCUCAUCGGCGAAAUGUCAAAUACUGCACUGUAGCGUUUUUUUCAAGGACACAGGCCCAAAUCCAAGCGUCAAGGUUACAAGUGUAUUGUUUACCCUUUUCCCUCCUUGUGUUGUGGCUUUUGCGUUGCCCUGACCUGGCUCACAACCAACGUUGACAGCCUAUAAAGAGGAAGAAACGCUCGUGCCUGCGCCGCUUUCGUCGUCGCGUUUCGUCUUGUGCGAAUUUGGAAUCGACCUUCUUAUGGAGCUGAUCUCCGCUUGUGAACGGACAAUGACUGUGGUGGACUUGGAGGCGAUAGUGUCGGAACUAGCCCCCACGGCCCAGAAUGCAACUGUGGGGGCAGCGGCUGGCAUUUCCGUGGCAACCAGAAGUCUGAUUUUACUCUUCUGUCUACUGCUGGUGGCCUGGAACCACACGGAGAAGCGAGGAGUUCCAGGUCCAUAUUUCUUUCUGGGAUUGGGCCCGUUUUUGUCAUACGUGAGGUUUAUUUGGACGGGAAUAGGCACAGCCAGCAAUUACUACAACGACAAGUACGGGGACAUUGUCAGAGUUUGGAUCGAUGGAGAAGAGACUCUCAUUCUCAGCAGAGCGUCGGCUGUGCACCACGUUCUCAAGCACGGGCACUACACCUCACGGUUUGGGAGCAAGUUAGGACUCAGCUGCAUCGGGAUGAAUGAGAGAGGCAUAAUAUUUAACAACAACGUCACCCAGUGGAAAAAGAUACGCACGUAUUUCACCAAAGCCCUGACAGGCCCGGGCCUUCACCAGACCUCGGAGGUGUGCAUCUCGUCCACACGCACGCACCUCGACCACUUGAGGAAGGCCGCCGGAGGAGGCGGAUUGACGAACGUGGACGUUCUCGGUCUGCUGCGUUGCACCGUGGUGGACAUCUCCAACAGGCUCUUCUUGGACGUGCCGUUCAACGAGAAGGAGCUGAUGCAGAAGAUUUUAAAGUAUUUCGACACAUGGCAGACCGUCCUGAUCAAACCAGACGUCUACUUUAAGUUUGGCCAGCUUCACCGGCGGCACAAGGCGGCGGCCCAGGAGCUCCAAGAUGCCAUCGAGGGCCUCGUGGAGCACAAAAGAAGCGAAAUGGAGCAAGCAGAUAAACUGGACAACAUCAACUUCACUGCCGAGCUCAUAUUCGCACAGAAUCGCGGCGAACUUUCCGCUGAGAACGUGAGGCAGUGCGUGCUGGAGAUGGUGAUCGCCGCACCGGACACUCUGUCGGUCAGCCUCUUCUUCAUGCUGCUGCUUCUCAAACAGAAUCCAGACGUGGAGCUGCAGCUGCUCCAGGAGAUAGACGGCGUCCUGGGCGACAGAACCCUGCAGAACGAUGACCUUCCCAAGCUGCAAGUGCUGGAGAGCUUCAUCAAUGAAUGCUUGCGCUUCCACCCGGUGGUGGACUUCACCAUGCGUCGCGCGCUUUCCGAUGACAUCAUCGACGGCUACAGGGUUCCCAAGGGCACAAACAUCAUUCUGAACACAGGCCGCAUGCAUCGCACUGAGUUCUUCCCCAAACCAAAUGAACUGAGUCUGAAAAACUUUGAGAAAAAUGCCCCACGUCGCUACUUCCAGCCGUUCGGCUCCGGCCCUCGAGCCUGCGUGGGCAAACACGUCGCUUUGGUCAUGAUGAAAUCCAUCCUGGUGACGCUGCUGUCCCAGUAUUGCGUGUGCCCCCAUGCGGCGUUGACGCUGGACUGCCUGCCUCAGACCAACAACCUCUCCCAGCAGCCUGCGGCCCACCAGCAGGACAGCCGACGUCUCACCAUGACGUUCUUACCCAGACAGAGAGGACACCGGGACCCUCUUUGAGACAUUCCCAAUGGUCUUUUUCUGUUCCUCGACAUUUAUAUAGUGACUACAUAAAGCACAAUAUUACCUACCUAUUUAUUAGGUGCACCUUAUUCAAUAUAAAAACUUCAAAAUUACCAUGUGAACGCUAUCACGUUUUAUUGUUGCAUGACUGUACAGAGCUUAUUUGUGCCGUGUUGUCGAAAUGUAUACCAUACCGUAAUAAACUGUAUUUUAUUGUUAGUAUUUUUCAUUUUCAAUAAAUUAUUGCACAAGA